AUGGACCGUAUCAGACAACUCACUUCCCAUUUCUCGUCGGCUCCCAGCGGCCUUCCUGCGUUGUCGAAGAAAAGCCCGGAUGACGUCGUAAUUACUAUGGCAGUCAGGAGCGCUUUGACCAAGGCCAAGAAGGGAGGGUUCAAGGACACUCGGAGCGAUGAAUUGCUCACUGGCAUGUUUAAGGCCGCAAUCGCCAAAAUGCAGAUUGACCCCGCGUUGAUUCAAGAUAUCUGCGUUGGGACUGUUCUUCCCCAGGCGCACCCUACGAAGCGCGCUCGGCGGCUCUUGCAGCAGGCAUUCCACAAACGACGCCCGUUCAGGUCAUCAACCGCUUUGCUCAAGUGGAUUAAUGGCCGUCACCACUGUCGCAAACCAGAUCCGGGUUGGUCAAAUCGACAUUGGGUUGGCAGUUGGGGUCGAGACCCUGAUUCUGGCUCACCAAAACUGAGCGAUGAAAUCAUGGCUCAUAACACCGCCAAAGAUUGUGUUAUGCCGAUGGGAUGGACAAGUGAAACGUGGCGCAAGAUUUCAAUAUCACUCGCGAAGACAUGGACCAAUUCGCUGCUCUGUAGAUCCCACCAACGUGCCUCUGAAGCACAACGUACUGGUAGAUUCUCGGAAAUUGUCCCGGUUGAAGGAUUCUCCAAAUCCGAAUCAGAACGUACCCGAAUUAUCGUCGACAAGGACGAUGGAAUUAGGCACGACACCAACCCAGCUGCACUCGGCAAAAUCCGUAGUGCAUUCCCGCAGUGGGGAGGAGGGAAAACGACAGGCGGGAACGCGAGCCAGAUCACGGAUGGAGCGGCAGCCGUGUUACUCAUGAGGAGGAAGAAGGCCGAAGAACUAGGAUUGCCAAUUUUGGCUAAAUAUAUCACGACCAGCGUUGCCGGGCUCGCGCCGAGAAUCAUGGGUAUCGGCCCAACAUAUGCCAUUCCAAUGGCCCUGGAGCAGACAGGGUUGAGUGUUGGAUGUGGAUUUAUUAACGAGGCGUUUGCAUCGAUGUACGUCUACUCUGUACGCAAACUCGGCCUAGAUAUCGAAAAAGUCAAUGUAAAUGGAGGUGCUAUUGCACUUGGGCACCCGCUAGAUAAGUGUUAUUCUUCCGUGCUCUCUCGUCUAGUCCUGACAUACAUUUUGCGUAUCUACGCGCGACAGGCGCACGUCAAGUUGCAACAGGCCUAG